AUGUUCUCCAAGAUCCUCACCGUGGCUCUUGCCGCUACCGCGGUCACUGCCCAGACCUUCACCACCUGCGACCCUACCAAGAAGGACUGCCCUGCUGACCCUGCCCUGGGCAAGUCCGUCAGCAUUGACUUCACCAAGGGCAACAACGACGAUGUCUUCCGCAAGCUCGACGGCACCUCUGUGAAGUUCGAGGAUGGCGGUGCCCUCUUCGCCAUCAACAAGGAGACUGACGCCCCCACCAUGGCCUCCAAGAAGUACAUGUUCUUCGGAAAGCUCGAGGUCGUCCUCAAGGCCGCCCCCGGCAAGGGUGUCGUCACCUCCGUUGUCCUCCAGUCCGACGACCUCGACGAGAUUGACUGGGAGUGGAUCGGCAGCGACACCGCCCAGGUCCAGACCAACUACUUCGGCAAGGGUGAUACUACCACCUACGACCGCGGUGCUUACCACCCCGUGUCCGACCCCAUCAACGCCUACCACACCUACACCAUUGACUGGACCUCCGACUACGUCAGAUGGUCCAUCGACGGCACCCAGGUCCGCGAGCUCAAGUACGCCGACGCCAAGGGCGGAUCUCGCUUCCCCCAGACCCCCAUGGAGGUCAAGAUCGGAACCUGGGUUGCUGGCCGCAAGGACGCCCCCAAGGGCACCGUCGAGUGGGCUGGUGGCUACACUGACUUCAACGAGGCUCCCUUCAACGCCUACUACAAGAGCAUCACCAUCACCGACAACAUGGGUGGCAAGAAGGGUGCCAAGGAGUACGUCUACGGUGACAAGUCCGGCAGCUGGGAGUCCAUCAUUGUCAAGACCGAGUCCAGCUCCGACGACGACUCCUCUUCCUCCGCCGCCUCCAGCAAGACCUCCAAGGUUGAGACCAAGACUACCAUGACCACCGUUGCUUCUGGCUCUGCCACCGCCUCUGGCUCUUCCGAGGCCACUGCCACUGGUUCCGCCACUGCCACUGGCUCUGGUUCUUCCUCCGGCUCUUCCAGCGCUUCCGCCACCGGUGCCUCCAGCACCACCGCUGCCCCCGCCACCGUCACCGGCGCCGGCUACGUGAACAAGGCCAACCUUGCUCUCGGUGCCGCCGGCCUCUUCUUCACCUUCCUGCUGUAA